UAUGAAAGUAUAAAAACCGACCAAGCUUUACUCAAGACACCACAGCAUUUAAAAAAGUUCCUCUUGAUAUUAUCGUUUUCAGUCAGAAUGAACGGAGCUCCAAGAACUAGUAACUCGGUCAUAGUAAUCAGUUCUCUGUUAAUAUGUUUACUUGUUGCCGGAUUUGAAAUCGUUCAAGGGAAAACUCAUGUUGUUGGAGAUGUACAAGGAUGGGAUCUGUAUCCUAACUUGAUCAAUUGGCCAAAAGGGAAACAAUUCUACUCUGGAGAUGUUCUUGUUUUUAACUAUGAUACAAAAGGAGGGGACUUGUACUGCCCAGCUAAAGUGGACAAGAGUGGAUAUGAUAAGUGUGAUUGCAGUUCAGUCAAGAUGCGCAACAGGUUCAAAGGGACAGGUCAUGAUCAUGUACAAUUAACAAAGGGUUACAAUUACUUCAUUAGCGCCGAUAAGGAUUAUUGCGGAUUCGGCAUGAAGAUUGCAGUUUAUGCUAAAUAAAUAUUCAAGUGAUUAAAAUUUGAUGCUUUUAUGUUUUCUCUUCAUUUUACCAUCAGGAGCUUGUCUAUGUUCUGGUUUCUUUAUGAUUGUACCAGUGAGCUUGUCUAUGUUCUGUUUGUUGAUUAUUGGAUGAACAAACAUGACGUUCGUUUCUCUUUGCCAUAUUAUAUAAGAAAAAUCUUCAUUAAA